GUUUUGUUUGUGUUGAUUUUGUUAAAAGUAAAUUUGCUGAGUAGCAGCCAUCUGGACAUACAUACCUACAGAGGAUACGUGAACUAUCUGUCCCUUUUUUUACUUUUCAUUUUUAUUCUUGAAAGGCAGACAGAUAGAUAAACAAAGAGGUGAUCCAGAUAAGAGAGGUCGGAUUAGUGGACAAGGAUGUCUUCCAAAACAUACAACAUUCUUACCCUCCCCGGAGACGGGAUCGGUCCCGAAAUCAUGGCUGAAGCUAUCAAGGUUCUCCAGGCUUUCUCCUCGCCUAAUCUCCGCUUCAACCUGCGUAACGAACUCAUCGGCGGCUGCAGCAUCGAUGCCCAUGGCACACCCAUUACGGACGCAGUCAAACAGGCCGCUCUCGAAUCCGAUGCCGUUCUAUUUGCUUCCGUCGGUGGACCAAAGUGGGACUCUUCCCGAAGAGGUUUGGAGGGUCCAGAGGGUGGCUUGUUGCAGCUCAGAAAGGUGCUGGAUGUCUAUGGCAACCUGAGACCGUGCAGCACGGACGUAUGCGCGAGUGUGAGUCGGGAAUUCAGCCCGUAUCGGACAGAAGUCGUUGAGGGUGUGGACUUCGUAGUUUUAAGAGAAAACUGCGGCGGGGCGUAUUUCGGGAAGAAAGUUGAAGAUGAGGACUAUGCGAUGGAUGAAUGGGGCUACUCAACUCAAGAAGUCCAGAGGAUUGCCCGUCUCGCAGCCCACGUCGCCCUCAGACACGACCCUCCUUGGCCCGUUAUCUCCAUGGAUAAGGCCAACGUCCUCGCAUCUUCCCGUCUCUGGCGCCGCGUCGUGGAAAAGACACUCACCACCGAAUUUCCACAAGUCAAAUUCUCCCAUCAGCUCGCUGACUCUGCUUCACUCAUCAUGGCUACGAAUCCACGGUCGUUGAAUGGUGUACUCCUAGCCGAUAACACUUUCGGUGACAUGCUCUCCGAUCAGGCUGGGUCGAUCGUUGGUAGUUUGGGGGUCCUACCAAGUGCUAGUUUGAGCGGUAUUCCCGGCGAGGAGAGAAAAGACGGCAAGAAGUCAUACGCAUUAUACGAGCCAACGCAUGGCUCUGCGCCAACGAUCGCCGGCAAAAACGUGGCAAACCCACUCGCCAUGAUUCUCUGCGUUGCAAUGAUGUUCCGGUACUCAUUCAACAUGGAACCUGAGGCAAAGGCCAUCGAGAAUGCUGUCACGGCCACAUUGGAGGCUGGCGUUCGCACACCUGACCUUGGAGGAAAGGCGGGAACCACCGACGUCGGUAAUGCUAUUGUGGCCCACAUCAAAAAAUCUUUGAGUAUAUAAAGAUGCUCGAAUGGCCAAAAGGGAGGAAAGAAAAAUUAAAAAGAUAAAGCUUCAAAAUAUUUUUUUAAUGAGAUGUAUACUACAUAUACCUUAUGGAUAAUGAAAUUUGUCCUCGAGAAA